AUGAGUGAAUCUCUGCUGAGAGUGUCUUCUUCAACGUUGGAUGAAGGACCUCAAGAAGACGUGGAUAUACCUCCGUAUUCUAUCAUUAAUCCUACAGAAAGAGUUUUCUUUGUAGUGCUCUUAUCAUUGGUUGGUCUUUGGUCUACUAUGUCUUCUCCCAUCUACUUCCCGGCAUUACCUGUUCUCUCACAGUACUUUAAAGUGUCUGAGCCCGUCAUGAAUUUAUCUGUCGUGGCCUACUUACUUCUGCAAGGCAUUGCUCCUACAUUUUCCCUGAAUUUUGCUGAUACAAUUGGUAGAAGACCUGUUAUUCUUGUUAGUCUUGUAAUAUUCAUUGCCGCCUGUAUAGGUCUUUCUCAAACAGAUGUGUACUGGUUACUUGCAGUCUUGAGAUGUGUUCAGGCAGCGGGUAUAGCCCCCGUCAUAGCCAUCAACUCAGGUAUUGGCGGUGAUAUUACCACUCGUGCGGAACGGGGAGGAUUUGUAGGAAUCAUCAGUGGAGUUCAAUUAAUGGGGAAUGGUUUCGGAGGACUUAUUGGGUCCGGGCUUAUGGCUCUGUUUGACUGGAGAGCCAUUUUCAUAUUCUUGGCAAUUGGUGGAGGUUGUACUUUAAUUGUUGCCUCUGUCUUCUUACCUGAAACGAAAAGACUGAUAGUUGGUAAUUGUUCAAUCAUGCCUGCAAAAUUAAUUAAUAGACUGCCCAUAUUGAAUGCUCCGUUUAUAAAGAAACGUCUAACUAAUGAUUAUAGAACUUUAGAUAAAGCUGAAUCAUUGGAUUUAUUGGCUCCAUUUAGAAUUCUUAUUAAACGUUCAGUUGUAUUCACAUUAUUUGCCUGUGGUUUACAAUUUGCUGCGUGGACCAUGGUCCUUACAUCUAUUUCCACAGUAUUGGAGAAGGAAUAUCAUUACUCGAUCUUGCACGUGGGGCUUAUAUAUUUACCUCAGGGAAUUGCCUGCCUUGUAGCGUCUAUAAUAACUGGGAGAUUUUUAAAUUGGUAUUAUUGUCAAAAAAAGCUGGCUUAUGAUAAGAAAUACGCAUCAAUUGAUCCAAGUGAGAGGCCACCAUUUAAUAUAUAUAGAACAAGAUUGGAUGUGUUGUUACCUGGGGCCAUUAUUAUGACUAGUGGACUUUUAAUAUUUGGUUGGUGUCUAGAGUACAAACAACACAUUAUAUCCAUAAUAAUUUCAUCUUGUAUGAUUUCAUUUUCUGCAUCUUCAUUUAUGGCUGCGGGCACUACAAUGCUAGUUGAUCUUUAUCCAGGAAAGGGAUCUACUCUGACGAGUUGUUUAAAUUUGGUGCGAUGUCUGUUGGCAGCUGUUGGUACAGGUGUCCUCUCAAACUUAACUUCUGCAAUGGGUGUGGGGGGUUGUUACACAUUAAUGGCAGGAUUUUGUGCCAUCGCAUAUAUCCUUCUAGUAGUGGUGGUACUAUAUUCUGGAACCCCUACAGAUACAAAGAUAGACAAAUCAUAG